AUGGAUAACAACGAAGCAGCCGAUGUUGGGAAAUCCCUGCUCGACCUCCCAGGCGAACUUCGAAACACCAUCUACACCAUGGUCAUCCACGAUUCCCCCAGAAGCAUUCCUUGGACAGCGAAAUCUCUGGACGGGGUGUUGGGGCUGCAUGUGUGCCAGCAAUCAGCGCUGGCCAGGGUCAACCGGCAGUUGCGCUGCGAGUUCCUGUCCAUGUGGUACGGCGAGAACAGCGUUGGCGCCCACGUCUACCCCAAGAAGCACGAGGGCGCCGACCAGGCCUGGCAGGACUUCGUCGACCGGCUCGACGCCCUCCGUGCCCCCAGCCUCUGGUCUCCCGGGCCCGACGGCACGACCGCCGGCAGGAGGUCGUGCCUGUCGCACAUCCGGAGCCUCGAGGUCCAGCUCUGGCACCCGGCCUACGACUUUGCCCCCGAGGCCUACAUGUGCAGCUUCAUGCUCGGCACGCACGAAUUCAGCUGCGAAGGCGUGUACCCCCUCGAGUUGUGCAACGGCGUCUACCUCCUGUUCGGACCUACCAGUAGGGAUGUUACCCGGGCCGGGGGCGAUGCCACCGACUGGACAGACCGCGGCGCGGUCUGGGACGUCCUUGCGGACGCCAUAGGGUGA